AAAAAAAAAAAAAAUACACAAGAAGCAUAAGAACAGUCACUCCCUGUGACAAAUACAGUGAAAUUAGCUAGGAGUGUCAUUAUUGGCGAUUGCAAUCACACGUAUACAACACAACGCGCGCGCGCUAACACACACACACACACACACGCAUAGAACAAUAGUGUGUAUACAUGAAAUAAAAAAAUAAAACGAAGUGUAAUCAGAGUGCGUGCGCACACACGUACACAUAUACACACUAGCACAUUCACACUUUCACAAAGGCAGACGGACGUAGUAGGCUAUAUAUUCAACAGAUUUAAUAUAGCUCACUCGUCACUUAAUGCCCUCAGUCUUACGGUAAAAAUGAACAAAACAUUGGUUAACGAAGGACCAAGAUGGUUAAUGAUUAUUCUUUGGGCGGCAGGAAAUAUUGGCAUGUUUACUUACAGUUUUCUGAAAUUCUAUAAUUCCAAGGAAUAUUACUACUUAAAUGUUAUAACUGGGGCUAAUUUACCAGCAGCAAGAGGAAGUGCUGCCUGUUUGAAUCUUAACUCUAUGUUAAUACUCUUCCCAAUUUGUCGUAACUUUCUCAACUUUAUAAGAGGCUCGUUCGUAUGCAAAGCUGUACGAAGAUCAUUUGAUGACAACAUUUUAUACCAUAAACUAUGUGCCUACAUGAUCUGUUUGCAAACAGCCAUUCAUGUUGUCAGCCAUUGUUUUAACUUGCAAAGGUUUGUGCAGUCCUAUGACAGCCCUGACCCAAAGAAACGGGACCUUCUAUUGGCAUUGAGUCAACUCCCUAUCAACAAUACUAUUGAUGGUUACAUCAAUCCUGUCCGAAGUGCACACUCAAAUUCAAUUUAUGAGAUGUUCAUGAUGCUGCCCGGAGUAAGUGGUGCUAUAAUUACUUUUGCUCUCAUUAUCAUGUUCACCUCAUCAACUCACCUUAUCAGGCGAUCUUAUUUUGAGGUGUUCUGGAUCACACAUCACCUAUAUAUCAUCUACUUCAUUGGAUUAAUUGUUCAUGGUUUUCAAGGUGUUGUCAGAAAGCAAUCUAACAUUGAUGAACAUGACCCUGAACUUUGUGCCAACUUAUAUAAUGAUUGGGGGAAUAAAGCCCCAUGUUUGGUGUAUCCUAAGUUUUCUAGUUCACCAGCUCAGUCAUGGAAAUGGAUAAUUGUACCUGUUAUCAUAUACAUUAUAGAAUGUUUGAUUUCUCUUAUUCGUUCAAACCAGAAGGUGAAAAUUGUUAAAGUAGUUAAACAUCCCAGUCAAACCUACCAACUACAAAUGAAACAAGCUGGAGGAUUCAGAAUGUCACCUGGUCAAUAUAUAUUUUUAAAGUGUCCUGCUGUUUCAAAAUUGGAAUGGCAUCCUUUUACACUGACAUCGGCACCACAAGAUGAUUUUUUCUCUGUGCACAUUCGUACUGUUGGUGAUUGGACAAGAGAUUUGGCCAAAGCAUGUCACAUUGAAGAUCCUGGUGAAGCAACUUCUAAUGAAUUACCAGACAUGGCUGUUGAUGGACCCUAUGGUACACCUAUUAAGGAUGUUUUUUGCUAUGAUGUGGACAUAUUUAUUGGAACAGGAAUUGGUGUAACUCCAUUUGCAUCUGUACUAAGAUACAUUUGCAAAGAAAUUGAAAAACGGAAUUUCAAGGAAGUCCUGAAAAAAGUUUACUUUUUUUGGAUCUGCCCUCAAACACAAGCCUUUGAAUGCUUCCAGGAACUUCUUGUGUCUUUAGAAAUCAUGCUUGAAAAGAUGAAUCAGAAAGAGUUCCUGAGUUACAACAUCUACUUGACACGUGGCUUAAAUAAAAGCCAGAUUGGAAAUAUAGCAUUACAUUUUGGCGAUAAUAUUGAUCCAAUAACAAGACUUCGAGAAAAAACCCACUUUGGGAGACCAAGAUGGUCAAACAUCUUCAAAGAGAUAAAAGAAUCUCAUUUAGGGAAAAGUAUUGGUGUAUUUUAUUGUGGGCCAUCACAACUGUCGAAUACCCUAUGUGAAAUGUGCAACACCCACUCUGAUUCCAUAACUGACAAAGGCAUGAGGACUCAGUUCUUUUUCAACAAAGAAAGUUUCUAAUUUGUCAUGUGUGUGUGUGUGUGUGUGUGUGUGUGUGUGUGCACACAUGCAUAUAUAUAUAUAUCUCAUUCACCUUUAGUAGUAGGGGAAGGUCAACAUUUAUUUUUCACCACCGCUUCUAUCCCCUCUAGCUAAUCCAGUUCUGAACCAAACUGAACGCAGUUAAAAGCAGUUAAAGGACCUGUGCAGUCAGUGAAUUUUUGAAAUAUUAUAAUAGAAAAUUGGUCACAUUAAAAAAAAUUUGUGUUCAAGAACUGGGUGUGUAACAUAUAGAUAUAACUUCUAAGCAGUAAAGUUUCUUUAUUUCUGAUUUAUUUUAAUUGCAUUUGAAUAAAAGAAUUCACUGAGAGAAACCAAGAUCUAUUAACCUCAUCAUGGUGAAGAAGAAAAAAAACCUUACAAGACAAAAUGUAGUCAAAUCAGAAAAGUAAUAACAUCUGGUAUUGUCUUUAAAUUGUAUCUGUUAUUUUAAGACAGUGGUUCCCAAAGUGGGUAGUACUGCCCCUCUGGGGAUGGGGUGUGUGGAAAGAUCCAAGGGGGCUUUGAAGAAUAAUGGGGUGACAAAGAUGGAGCAGUAGGUGUCAAAAAAGACAAGGGUUAACUAGGUUAAGUUUUAUUUGUGAAAUACUGUUGUUUUGAAUUAGUUACAGAAAAUGGUCUAUGUCUGUGAUAGUGAGUGGUGGUGGUAGUGGUGGCCACUGGGAAUUUGGCCUUAGAACCAAGGGGGCAGCAACCUGAAAAAGUUUGGGAACCACUGUUUUAAGGGAUAAUUUUACUUAAAGAUAAUAUUCCUCAAAGCUUUCCUCAAAGAUCUAAAGGAGAAGAAUCUUACUGGGGAUAUAAGUUUAUUGGGCAAAAAGUGAUGGAAACUGGCCUAAAUUCAUAUUUAAACCAUCAUAUCUCUAUUAAAACCAUCUAUUUAAACCAUCAUAUCUCUAUUACUUUAGAAAAACCAUUAGUAUAAUUAAGCUUUUCUGAACAACCAAUAGGACAAGAAACCAAUACUGAAAAACUGUACUAAAUUUGAUAUUGUAGGAAAAAAAGCUAUGGGGCAAAAAAUGGUUAAAAUUGAGGGUGAUUACUGGGGCACUAAACUGUAGUUACAUCUAUGUAUAUACAUAUCUGUGAGUGUGUGUACACACAUGUAUGUAACCUCUCUCACUACAUAUAUAUAAACAGUGGUACCCAAGCAAAGUAGUGAUUGUUUGUCUCAGCAAUUAGUGAGUAUAAACAGUUGAAAAGUGGAAGAAAUCGGGGGACAUAUUGUAUCAAAUAUGCCCUCUAACCACUUUUAUUUCAUUUUUGUUCCCAAUGUUCCUUUGGUAUCCUGUGUUUUCAACAUAAUUACAAUUUUCAGCCAUUCAAAACUUCAAACACAACCCCUUCCCCCAAAAUUUCUGUUUUCACUUUUUCCAAUUUUUUUUUUAAUUCCAUGUAUGAAAACUUGGAGAUCAUGAAUCUGAAAAAUAAAUUUAUUUUCAAAAUUUCAAUUAUUUUUACCCCACAUCCUAGCUUUCAGCAUACCCACUUCACUCCCAUUCUAACAUUCUACAUGUUUUUAAAUUCAAUUGCUCAUUUCUAUGUGUAUGGAUGCUUGAUAUGCUUGAAAUAACAGCCAACUUUCUGAAAGAUAAUUUUUUUGAAAAUUUCAUUUUUUUAAAUUCAAUCCCUCACUCAGCUAUCAGAAUAACAAUUAUUACUCUGCAUGUGUUGAUGCCUUUUGAACCAGUAGAUGAAAUGAAACCCCUCCCUGACUUUUAGAAUAAUGAUACCCACCCCACAGAAAUAUGGAAUGCAUCAGCACAGUUGUUCCUACUUUCCACUCUAACCAACACUAAAAUAUUAAGUAAAUUCCACCCCAACAUUUGUGGUGUUCUUAGGGUGUUUCUCAAGAAUGUGAAUGUGGUCAUACUCUUUUUAUACAAAACUAGUCGACUCAUUUGCUCUACUGCUUUCAGACUGGCAUCAUUUAAUUCAUUUACUGCAACUUUAUUGGCAUUUUCAUCCUUUGUCUUGGUUUAUCCAAGGUGUUUAUAUAAAUUACUUUUUGUCAAUAAAUAAUCGUUACCUUUUUA